GGUCAUAUAACACGUUGCAUCUCCAUUAACUACAGAAGAAGCUGCACCAGACAACAAGCACAAAAUCAGGACAAGAAAAAAUUUUAGAGUUUGGUUUUGGAAAUGUCACCUUGGGCUUGGAUGUUCUGUGCGCUCGCAGCCUUUUGUUUAGGCUUUAAACCUGGAGCUGACGGAUAUGAUGAAUUUACCAGUGCCACAAACCUGCUACAUUUGGCCAUUGAUGAUACUACUGAGCAAGUGUAUGUUGGGGCAGUGAAUUUCCUCUAUCAACUAACACCAGACCUCCAAGAGGAAAAGAAAGCAGCAACUGGUCCAGAACGUGAUCAUCCGAAGUGUGUCCCACCAAUAAAGACUUCAACCUGCUCAAAUGCAGUACCAACUCAGAAUUACAAUAAACUCCUUUUAAUAGACAAAGAUAGGAAGAGACUCGUAAUAUGUGGAAAUAUAUUUAAGGGAAUCUGCUCAUUAAGGCAGCUGAAUGACAUCAGUGCAAUCGAAUAUGAAAAUGUGAAUGGUGGAGAAGCUACUUUCGUUGCAAGUAAUCAAUCAACUGUGGGCCUUAUAACUCUCAUGAAUAACACAAAAAAUGAACUCAAACCAGUGAUGUUUGUUGGAAAAAGUUUUGAAACAUACGCAAAUGCAAUAGUAAGCACCAGAACACUCUCUGAAAAUGAACAGGGCCACCUUUUUGAGCUUGUUCAAGAUUCUUCAGCUGUGAAACCAGAUUCUCAUCUACAAUAUCGACAUGAUUUUAAAUUUUCUUUUGAAGAUGGGAACUUUGUUUAUUUCCUUUUUUCUCGAACGGAUGGAGCGCAAGAGGAACCUACAACUUACAUAUCACGGAUUUGCAUUUCUGAUGUCUUUUACUUUUCUUAUAUUGAAAUGGUCUUGAAAUGUGAUGAUUGUAAUCUCGUGCAGGCUGCUUAUAUUAGUCAUCCUGGAGAAAAACUUGCUCAGCAUAUGAACAGAUCAGGUUUAUAUGGGACUGUAACUUCACAGGAUAAAGUACUAUUUGCUGUGUUUAACAGAGGUAACCUAAAAACAACCUCAUCCGAUAAGUCUGCUUUCUGCAUGUUCUCCUUGAAGCAGAUAAAUGAAAAGAUUGAAGAAUAUAGAGAAAUCUGCUAUAGUAGCAAAGAGAUGAAAGAGAAAAAUGAAAUCAUUUAUAAUCCAUACAAAUCUGAUGGUUCGCACAAUUGUCCUAAGGAUUUGAAUAAGGGACAAGCAAAGGCAUAUCCUUGCAGUGGUGAACACCUUCCAUAUCCCAUUGCAAGUAGAGAAGGUAUUGCUGCUACACCUCUGCAACAUUAUGAUACCAAUUUAUCAGCAAUAGCUGUGACCGUGGAGAAUGACCACACAAUUGGCUUUUUAGGCAACAUAAAAGGAGAAAUUCAUAAGGUAUUCCUGGACAAUGAAACUGAUGACUAUCAGACUGUAUAUAUGACUCCAAACAGCAAGGUGAACAGUGACCUUAUUUUUAAUGCAAAAAGGGACCACCUGUACGUCAUGACUGAGAAAAAGAUCACUCGUCUGCCGGUAGAGGAAUGCAACAGCUACAAAAGUUGCAAUUCUUGCAUUGCAUCUAGAGAUCCUUACUGUGGUUGGUGUGUAAUAGAAGGAAUUUGCUCCAGGAAGAUGCACUGUACAAAAGCUGCCCAAAAAGACCAUUGGUUGUGGAGUCUGAACAAACAGUGCCCAACAGUGAUUCAUGCAGACCCGCAGAACAUGAGUCGAAAUGCACCAGCUCCGGUGCAGUUGAAUAUAGAGCCAUUUCCUGCUUUAACAGAUCAAGACCAAAUACAGUGUUCUGUUAAUAAUUUUAAAGGAUUUAGUCUUAAACAUUCGACAGGUUAUGUUCUUUGUGAGGCUCCACCUAUCAAUCAAAUAGCUGCUACACCUCCAGGUCAAGAUUAUAUUGAUAUUGAGGUGAACCUGAAGAUUGUCAGUGGUGGAAAAACAAUAGAUUUCACAAGGACCAACUACUCAUUUUAUGACUGUAAUGCAGCCAUGACACUGUCUCCAAAUAUUCCGUGUGACUCCUGUGUAAGAAGCAAGUGGACCUGCCACUGGGAUAUUUCGGAACACACAUGCAAAGAUGGUCACACGAAAGGAGAUCAGUUAAAUAUUGUUCAAAGUAAAAUGGCUCAAAACUGUCCACGUUUUGAAAAUGCAUUACCACUAUUAAUUCCAGUGAAUGAAACUGCUAAUAUUUCAUUUCAUGGGAAGAAUUUAAACUUUUACCAGAACAAGAAGCUAGUAAUUGUUGACAACUUGGUGAGAAAGACUCUAGGUGUGAACAGGAAUCCACCAGAUAUGUUUUGGAGUGAGAAUUUUAAGUUUUCCUAUGAUGAAAAUGAAACCCGCAUAGUACAUUUUGUUGUACAAGCAGAAGGGAAAAUAAUAGAUAGCAAAUUAGAUGUGACUCUUUAUAAUUGUGGAUACAGCCACAAGGACUGCAGUCUUUGUCUCUCUGCUAACAAAACAUAUGAAUGCAUUUGGUGUAAGACCCUGAAAAGAUGCGUUUAUAAACGUCACUGUGAUGAUGUUAUUGAUAUGACUGAUCAGUGUCCAUUUCCAACUAUUUCACAGCUGGAUCCCAUUAAUGGACCUCUUGAGGGAGGAAUCCUUCUGACCAUCAAAGGCUCAAAUCUUGGAACGUCUUCUGAUGAUAUCAGGGAAAUCAAAGUUGGAAAUGCCGUAUGCAAUCAAGUCGCAGAACAAUAUUCCAUCUCUGUCAGGGUUGUUUGUGAAUUAAAUAACGUUUCAAAUUCCCAGCAUAAUUUUGUUCACAUUCAGCUAAAAAAUAACAAAAAUGGUACUUCGAAAAGCAGGUUUGCAUACAUUGACCCAAAUCCUACACAUAUUACUCCAGUACAAGGGAUAAAUGCUGGAGGAACCAGUCUAACAAUCAGUGGAGAAAACUUAAAUAUUGGAAGGCAAGAAGAUGUAAAAGUGAUGUUGGAUGAUAUACCAUGCACCCUAAUUCUACUCUUUCAGGUGCGGGAUUUCUCCACUCUCAUUUUAGUAAGAUCUUCACACGCGCAGCAACCUGAUGACCAUCAGCAGAUUAUUCAUGGAGAAAAAAGUGGAUUAUUAGAAGAAGAUAGAAGGUGGCAUUUAGUCCGGCCAGCAGAUGAAGUAGAUGAAAGUAAAUCAAAGCGUGGCAGCAUGAAGGAGAAAGAAAGGACCAAAGCUAUCACAGAAAUAUAUUUGACAAGACUUUUGUCUGUAAAGGGAACACUUCAGCAGUUUGUAGAUAAUUUCUUCCAAAGUAUUCUCAGUACGAAUCAAUUCAUUCCAACGGCUGUGAAAUACUAUUUUGACUUCCUUGACGAGCAAGCACGCAAAAAUGAAAUAAACGACGAAGAGACUAUUCAUAUCUGGAAAACCAACAGUUUGCCAUUAAGAUUCUGGGUAAACAUACUGAAAAAUCCACAUUUCAUAUUUGAUGUGAAAGUUAAUGAAGUAGUGGAUGCAUCCCUAUCAGUGAUUGCACAGACCCUCAUGGAUGCUUGUACGAAGACAGAGUACAAAUUGAGCAGAGACUCUCCAAGCAACAAACUACUUUAUGCCAGAGAAAUUUCCACAUACAAGAAGAUGGUGGAGGACUAUUACAGGGGUAUUCGUCAGUUGGUACAAGUCAGCGAUCAAGAUAUGAACACGCACUUAGCUGAAGUCUCAAGAGCUCAUACAGACAAACUGAAUACUAUGGUAGCAUUGCAUCAGUUAUACCAAUACACAAACAAAUACUACGAUGAGAUAAUAAAUGCCUUAGAAGAAGACCAAGCAGCACAAAAGAUGCAGCUCUCUGUCCGUCUGCAACAAAUAGCAGCUGCACUGGAGAAUAAAACAACAGACCUUUGACAUGACCAUUUUACAUAAUGAAAGCUCAGAUGUUAAAUUUUAUUACUUAGAAAAGAAAAUAGUGUUAUUUUUACUCUUCCAAUCACGUUUGCAGUUCUUAAUUCAAAGUCUGAAAUCCAUUAUUUUGUAAAUUAACUAAUAUUCUAUAAUAUUGUAUUAUAAACUUGGUCUAUAAAACCUGUGGAGAAUUGUCAAGUAAAUAUAUAAACAACCUAGUUGCUGAAAUUAGAUCGUGUUGUACUGAUCUACAUGGUUAUUUUAAAAAAAAAUGUAAAUUAUCUGAGCCCUAAAAAAUGCUUUCAUGAUUUGGCCCACAAUUAUGCUAAACUCUUUCACAGUGGGUUGAGUCUUGUACAGUAUGUUGCCUUCUAAUCUAAAGCUUCACUGUUGAUUGCAAGCUUUUUUCAAAUUUAAUAUUACAACCAUUAAUAACAGUACUGCCAUUUAUGUGCAUUCUGAUACAUUUUCUAGCUGUCACAAUUGAAAAUGGCAUGAUUUUUAUACUUAUCAUUUUAUCCUGUCCAAAUUGGCAUUUUGACAGAAAUCGUGGAAACGUAUGAAAAAGUCUUUUCGUAAUUGUAUGUAAUACAGACCAAGUAGAGGAUGCUUGUAAAUUUAUGUUAAAAUUACAUUUUAGAGGAUUUUUUUUUUACAAAUAGAACUAGUGACUACUGAAAUGUCUUUUGAUAUUUUUGAUAUAAUUUGGGAGAUGGAAUUGCAAAUAAAUUCAGCUUUUUAUUUA